UAUAUUUAGUGAGUUUUCAUUGAAGAAGUUUUAAGCAGUUUUAAAUAGCUUUAUUCGUGAAUUAAGUGAACUUUAAUUAACAAUGUGGUGGAUCCUGCGUCGAGCUGGUUUGACCGGCGCAUCCUUCUUCAGUCAGUCGUCCGGUACUAACAACAAUAAUGCUGUUAAAACAGAACCGAGACCGUUACGGAAAAACUAUAAUCAACUUUCGUCAAACGAAAAAUACGACAAAAGGCAAGCCGAAGACGUACACAUCGAAGAAGCCGAAGUCGACUCCGAUGCAAGCAGCACCGAUCUAGAGGAGCGGGACACGCGCGGUGUGUGCCCGCCUUGUGCGCAUGACCGCUACAACAAUAAUAUACGACGCCAUGCACACGACGAUUUCAGUGACGAUACUGAUUAUGAUGAGGCGCUGACGUGCAAUGUAUGCGAUAGGUCGUUCUCGACGCGCCGUCAGCUCAGCGACCACCAGCAGAAAAAGCGACACUUUGGUUGCAGUUCAUGCGACAGCCUGUUCCCCUCGCUGAUGGCGCUGGAACACCAUAAGGAGGAGUUCCAACACUGGAGCGACUCCUCGUACUGCUCGCACUCUGACAGCGAGGAGAGCGAGGGGUGCCAGGAGGACCGGCACCGGCUGCUCUAAUGCCACCAUCUCAUUGUCGCCGGGGACAAGCCGGCCGAGCUCGGCACCUUCGUCUGAUAGCUUCCAGCGCCCCUAUUCUGCUGCUCCCUAUCUACUCGUAAUGGUUUAGGAAUUUUCCAGAACUAGAUCUGGACUCUCCAAGACACUUUUUUAACCAAUCGUGUCACAAUGGUCAAAAAAAUGUCUAAUAUUUACUUGCAUUUUUUAGUAAUCUGCUACUGAACCAUUACGACUUACAUAGCAGAAUUGAGGGUAAACGUUACGGACCUAACAUACUCUGUAUCGCAGACUUGAACAUGCCUUAUUUUGUAACAGCCAUUUGUAAAAUGGAUCAUUUUACUAUACAUAUCUGACAGU